AUGCCACGCACCCAGGGGGACAAGGGGGCCCCCAAGGACACGGAGUCCCCGGGCACGGGGAAAUGGGGGGAGGCGGGUGGGAAAACCCCUAAAGCCCCUGAGGACGGCGGCCCCCCGGGCACCAAGAGCCCCGGCUCCGAGUCCCGGCACAGCGGCCACGGGCAGAAGAACGGCAAGAAGGGUCCCGGGGAUCCCCACGCCUCUGCCACCAAGACCUACUCCCCCUUCCUCAACACUGUCUUCGGCAAGGAGCGGGAGCUGUCGCCGGAGGAGCUGGAUGAGCUGCUGGACGCCUUCAAGGAGUUCGACACGGACCAGGACGGGUACAUCAGCUACAAGGACCUGGGCGAGUGCAUGCGCACCCUGGGGUACAUGCCCACCGAGAUGGAGCUCAUCGAGAUCUCCCAGCACAUCAAGAUGAGGAUGGGCGGCCGAGUGGACUUCGAGGACUUUGUGCAGAUGAUGGGGCCGAAGCUGCGGGAGGAGACGGCCCACAUGGUGGGCGUGAGGGAGCUCAAGAUCGCCUUCCGAGAGUUCGACGUGAAUGGGGACGGGGAGAUCAGCAGCGGGGAGAUGCGGGAGGCCAUCGCGGCACUGCUGGGGGAGCAGCUGAAGGCGCAGGAGGUGGACGAGAUCCUGCAGGACGUGGACCUCAAUGGGGACGGGCACGUGGACUUUGACGAGUUCGUUAUGAUGCUGUCAUCCCGGUAA